UCCUCACACUUCACUUCAAACUAUACUAUCUUCCCUCAUACCUCCAUCUUCAUUUUCAUUUUCCUUCAAUGGCUUCCAUAAAUUUCAACCCCUUCGGGGGAAACUGGUUCUCCAAACCCCCCAACCCUCUCUCUCUCCCCUCUUUUCCCAACAACGUCUUCAACCUCGCCGACGCACCCUCCCUCCACCCCAACUUCGCCGCUAUAUCCCUCUCAAACCCCUUCCGCCGCAAGCCCAAGGAAAAUGCCACCGAGGAGGCCGGCCACUUCGAGAUGUUGGCCCGCCAGGCCCUUUGGGAGGCCGAGACCCGCCCGGACCACCGCCACACCCCGGAGGUCGACAAAAUCCUCGCUGAAAACGACGCCGCCUUCGGCUCCGACGAUUCCGUCUUCGAGAAGCGCGAGAACGCCACGGAGGAGGAAAUUCGGGAGAACGCGGAGCUUGUGGACAUGAUGCGCAGCAGCCCCUUGGUGCAGUUCCUGGCUCGCGCCGAAGAGAUUCUCGACAAGAUGAAUGAGUAUGAGCUGAAGGCGAACGAAAAACCCUACCACGAUGAGGAUGCGGAAUUGUGGAAGGAGAUUCCGCAUAUCAUUGGGCUCGACGGGCGGCCCAUGCCUCGCAAGGCCCAGAAGACCCGCCAGGAGGCCGAUGACAAAUUUUGGGACUUCGCCAGACAGUUCUUUUUCGGGCUCUGGAACUUCAGACAGCGGCCCUACCCUCCCGGGAAGCCCAUCGACGCGGCCCAGUCCAUUGGGUAUAAGAACCUCGAGAGGCGCUACUAUGACUUUAUCAUGAGGAGUGGUGGGUGGUACUAUAAGGAUCGGCUGGGUCGGACAAGAGGACCAUUAGAGUUGAUUACGCUUAAAAGUGCAUGGAGUGCUGGGAUUAUUGAUAAAAACACUUUCAUUUGGGGAGAGGAUAUGGAUGAAUGGGCACCAAUUCACAUGAUUUACGGAAUGGAACGUGCAAUUGCCACUUGGGAAGUUAGACUUGCUGCUUCAGCAACAGCAUUGCUUCACAAACUACAAAAGGGCAUACCACCUUGGGUUCCUUUGAAGGGAUUUGAAAAGAAGACGUAUAAGCAACUUCAAGAAGAAGCUAUACAAAGCAAGAGACGUGAUUUAGCAGUAUUGGAAGCUAAUGAUGGUCUUUGGCCAGGAGUUAAAAUUCCAAGCUAUGCUCUAUUUCUUUGGGCUAGUGGCUCUGAACUGACCACUAUUUUGGAACAGGAUCACAUGCCCAACAAAUACAUUCCCAGACAUGUUAGAAAGAAGUUGGCUGAACUCAUUCCAGGGUUAAGGCCAUGGGAAGUUCUGAGCUUAGAACAAGCAAUGGAUCGAAUAACAUUUAAUGGGGAAUGGUACCGUGAGCCUCUUGGUUCCUACACCACUGGUCCCCCCUACCUCCAGCACUGGAAUGAAGAUGUUAUGGAGUUGUAUAAGAUAUUUGAAGAUCUUAAUUCUGAGCUGUGCGAACACAUGGAGAGAUCAGUUGCUGGUUUUGAUAAAAUUAUGGAGAAGGUCAGGGACGAUUUUUUUGCGAGAACUAACAAACUGUUAGAGCAGAAAGACAAAGAGAAAAGAGAAGAACGCAAGAAAGCUGGGUUGCCCGAGUAUUUGUGGCCUGAAAAACCAUUUAAACCUUCAUGAUUUCUGCAGAUCAUAUGGGUAAGAUUUUUAGAUAGUGAAAAGUGUGCUGAGAAUGGUAUCGUGAACUAAGAAGGCAAUCUGGGACCUCAAGAUUGUCUUUUUUGGAGUUGGUUAGAACAUCACUGUUGUUAAAUAUUGGCCUGUAGUGAAUAAUGAACGCAAAUAUUCCUUAGCUUCUUGUGUUCUUUCUUUCGGAGGCGCGUGACCUCUAGUCAGGAUUCUUUCACAACCCUAAACUUUAGCAGUUUGAUUAAUUUGCAUAAAAAAACAUGAAAAUCUUGCAAUGA